AUGAUUAAGCAGGCCAUCGUGGAGAUGCGGGCAGACGAAGUGGCUAAGGGAUUUACGCCUAAGUUGCUUAACAGUCGGUGGGUUGAACGGGUCACAACAGCUUGUAAGAAGCUUGUCCAGGAAUCAUACAGCCGCCAGUUUGUUCCAAGAACGAAAGUCUACGGUUGCAAGCACUUCACCCGGAAGAAUCGCAUCUUGAUGGUUUGUUGCGGUACGUUUCCUGUUUGUCGAAUGUGUCAUAUACAAGACCGCAACCGCAUUCACGACGUUCGCAUCGAACCAGUCCGAACUAUGCUGUGUAUGAUGUGUGGAGAAGUGCAGCCGAAGACCCAGAACUGCCGGAACUGCAACGAAUGCUUCGGUUCGUACUACUGCGACGUGUGUGGCAUUACGGAUGACACGCCAGGAUAUGAUUUGCGCCAUUGCAACAAGUGCAACGUAUGUAUGCCAGGUCUCACUUUUCAUUGCGAUCGAUGCAAGAGCUGCGUUCCAGCGACACCUGAUCAUGAUGCGAUUUGCAGUGGAGGACAGGACGCACCAAGCGAGAACAAUCAGCAGAGCGUAGAGUUGCCACAUGUGAACAACAUUGCAAGUGCAGGUGAAUCGAUGGACCCCUCAUUCGAGGCAAUAGCUUCUAGUGAAGCACGUGGGAAUCAGCUAUUUUCUGGCUUGUGACAGUUAUUCUUUGCAAUGGUCCUAUCCAUUGCACUGCGAACAUACUGCUCGCUAUGAUUUGCUUUUAAUCUAUCCCCAUUUCCCACCCUGAUCCCAUCUACCUUUUUUCUGUUUCCUGCUAUUUCGACCAUAUCCCAUCGGCUACGCCUCAGCUCCCGUUUUGUCUUCUCUUCGUUGAUUAUUAGAAGUUCUCAUGUUUUCUGUCUUGAGUCAAGCCCGUGAUUUUGCGACGUAAUUUGAGGUAGUUGUGGUCGCCUGAGAAAGAUUGUUUUACAAUCUUACUUGCGAUGAUAAGUUAAUGUUUUAAUGUAGGUGCUUGUACAGUUCUGUGCCGACGUCAAGGAGGAGAGACUUGCGCGUCAAAUCUACCAGUUUGUUGUUAUUGUUGUUACAGAAGAGUUUAUUGCGUUUCCCGUCAACCGUACGGAUGACGUCAAUCAUUUUCAUUUAUCAUGACUUGGCCCCCCCAGAGAGUGAGCAGCUGCACGAACUGCUGAAAUAGGCUUGUUUUCGGUUAGAUAACUAUUUCAAACUGCUUCAAACAUGUUGUAUUCAAGGCAGCACCCAUUGACGGGGCUCUUGAAGAGUGUGAUUCGACAUAUUUCGAAGAACAGCUUGGUGCAGCGAAGAAGAGUGAUAAAAAAUGUGGAAAGUAUGCGAGUGACAUGGAAA